AUGACUCUCGGCACAAUCUCCCUCGUGGUAUUAGGAGCUCUAAUCGGUGUCAUCCUCCAAAAUGCAGACCACCCGCUGAGCUUUUACUGGCAUUUAGUCCUAGGACCCGUACGCAGCGACAACCUGCUUAUGGAUCCCAGUAGAGACAAUCCACUCUCCUUUCCCGACUCUGCGAACCCAGUCUACUACCCAGGCCUACACGCUCAUCCGCAGAGCCCAAUAUCCAUGGCUAUCCUCGGGAACACCCCACAGCUAUUUCACUCCGUAAUAUAUUUCCUCUAUAACAAUCUUAUAACAUGCAUGGUCCUCGCCGCCAAAUACAAUGACUACGGCAAUGAGCGAAAAGUGCUACGCGUCUCCGAGCCUCGGGGAGCUCAGCGAUCAACAUACUACCUCAGUCUACCGUAUCGAUAUAUCGUCCCACUGCUGUUAUCAUCGGCCGUGCUACACUGGCUCGUCUUACAAAGUUCAUAUUACGUACGUGUGGUCUCAUAUGAUCAAUGGGGAAGUGCAGGGGCUAUGAUUAGCACAUGUGGCUUCUCAGUUGUCGCAAUGAUCAUUCUUCUACAUCUCGGGGGCUUGAUGCUGCGGAGCUGCAGUGCCGCUAUUAGUGCCGCGUGCCACCCCCCGGGCAAUGAUAUUGACGCUGCCUUGAAGCCGGUUAAAUGGGUAAAAUCCCUGGCAAGUGCAAAGAUACGAUGA